AACCUACUCCUUGUCGUCCUCUGAACACUCCACUCCUGACAACAUGUGUUACUAUGGUGGAUACUAUGGUGGCCUAGGCUGUGGCUAUGGUGGCCUAGGCUAUGGCUAUGGCUGUGGCUGUGGCUAUGGUGGCUAUGGUGGCUAUGGCUAUGGCUGCUGCCGCCCACUGUGCUGUAGAAGGUACUGGUCCUAUGGCUUCUACUAAGGAGAUUCAGCAGCUGUUCUCUCCAACUUUCUCCACUUCAGAUGUUCUUAUAUAUCUCCAUAUAUUCCAGCUUUAAUUUGAAGUCUCUUAGGAAUUAUUAAUGAAAUGCAACAAACCCAGCCUAUUCCUCUUCUUUAAUUUGAUCACAUAAGUAUUUGCAGCAAAACUCUUCAUUGUCAUCACAAUGCCUUAUGAAAUAUGAUGUUUUCAUUCUGUGAAUAUAUGUAUAUCACUUAAAAUAAAGUGUGUUCUG